AUGGAGGACAAGAAGUCCACAGCCUUCAUCAGUGCGAAGAUCGACAAAAAGGAACCUGAAGACAGACAGCAGGCUACCAAAAGCUGUCCUUGCUUCCAGAAUCUUUUGUUCAUUGUGAAUAGGAACAGAAUGGAGGGAUAUCAGUUUGAAGAUGUGGCUAUGGAUUUCAGCUGGGAGGAGUGGCAGGACCUGGACAUUGCUCAGAGGACCCUGUAUAGAGAUGUAAUGCUGGAGACCUACAGCAACUUGUUGUCCUUGGGGCACUGUGUUUCUAAACCCAAGUUGAUUAUCAAGCUGGAGGAAAGUGCAGAAACAUGGAUGGGAGAAGCCUCAGGCAAGAAUUUCCAAGAUGUCCUGGAAAUUGAUGACUUGAUUAAGAGUUGCAAGAAAAGUCCAAAAGAAUGGCCAUGUGAAGUAGAAAUCACCAAAAGCAACCCUGUGGAUGAAAGAGUGAGAUUAGUGAGAACUUUUCAUUUGAGCUCUAAACACAUGCCAGAGCUGCAUAGGAAUAGUAGGAAAUCCUUAGGACUGAGGACUGAGGCAUCCGUUGCAUAUCAAAAUAUGGUUGUCCAUUUGGAGCCUGAAGAGAUGCAUGCUGGAUCCAGGCCUGGUGUCUCUCAUGUAGAUGAAAAAUCCCUUAGCAACAUGGAGACUUUUAAUCAACGUUCAGAAAUUCCCAGUGAGCAGCAUUAUUUCACAGAUGGUGGAGAAGGGACGGUAUUAACCUCAAAGACCAUAUACUUUAAAAAUAAUUGUGCUUCUGUGGGAGAAAAUCAUUAUGAAUGCAACAGAUAUGGAAAGGCCCUCAAACACAUGUCAGCUCUAAGAACACAUAAUAGAAUACAUAUUACUGAGAAAACUUAUGAAUGUAAUAUAUGUGAAAAUUCCUUCAGGAGCAAGAAAAUUCUUAGAAGACCUAGCAAAAUUGACUCAGGUGAGAGACCUCAUAUAUGUAACAAAUGUGGAAAAUCUUUCAGCUUGAGGACAAUUUUAAAUGCACAUAAUAGAAUCCACACAGGUGGGAAACCAUAUGAAUGUAACCAAUGUGAGAAGUCCUUCACCUGGAAAACUCAACUCAGUAUUCAUCAGAUAACUCAUACGGGAGAGAAACCUUAUAAAUGUAAUACAUGUAAAAUGUGUUUCAUGUGGAAAGUGCCACUACUAAUGCAUCAGAGAACUCAUACAGGAGAGAAACCUUAUAAACUUAACAUAUGUGGAAAGUCAUUUCCCCAGAAAUCACACAUCAGUGUUCAUGAGAGAACAAAUUCAGGAGAGAAUCCUUAUAAAUGUAAGACAUGUGGAAGGUCUUUUGCCCAGAAGUCAUACCUAAGUUAUCAUGAGAGAACACAUACAGGAGAAAAACCUUAUAAAUGUAACACAUGUGGAAAGUCUUUUGCCUCGAAAUCACACCUACGUCUUCAGGAGAGAACACAGACAGGAGAGAAACCUUAUAAAUGUAAGACAUGUGGAAAGUCUUUUGCCCAGAAUUCAUACCUAAGUGAUCAUGAGAGAACACAUACAGGAGAGAAACCUUAUAAAUGUAACACAUGUGGAAAGUCUUUUGCCUCGAAAUCACACCUACGUCUUCAUGAGAGAACACACACAGGAGAGAAAACUUAUAAAUGUAAGACAUGUGGAAGGUCUUUUGCCCAGAAGUCAUACCUAAGUUAUCAUGAGAGAACACAUACAGGAGAAAAACCUUAUAAAUGUAACACAUGUGGAAAGUCUUUUGCCUCGAAAUCACACCUACGUCUUCAUGAGAGAACACAGACAGGAGAGAAACCUUAUAAAUGUAAGACAUGUGGAAAGUCUUUUGCCCAGAAUUCAUACCUAAGUGAUCAUGAGAGAACACAUACAGGAGAGAAACCUUAUAAAUGUAACACAUGUGGAAAGUCUUUUGCCUCGAAAUCACACCUACGUCUUCAUGAGAGAACACACACAGGAGAGAAACCUUAUAAAUGUAAGACAUGUGGAAGGUCUUUUGCCCAGAAGUCAUACCUAAGUGAUCAUGAGAAAACACAUACAGGAGAGAAACCUUAUAAAUGUAACACAUGUGGAAAGUCUUUUACCAAGAAAUCACUCCUAAGUCGUCAUGAGAGAACACAUACUGGAGAGAAACCUUAUAAAUGUAAGACAUGUGGAAGGUCUUUUGCCCGGAAGUCAUACCUAAGUGAUCAUGAGAAAACACAUACAGGAGAGAAACCUUAUAAAUGUAACACAUGUGGAAAGUCUUUUACCAAGAAAUCACACCUAAGUGACCAUGAGAGAACACAUACAGGAGAAAAACCUUAUAAAUGUAACACAUGUGGAAAGUCUUCUACCCACAAAUCAAACCUAAUUCUUCAUGAGAGAACACAUACAGGAGAGAAUCCUUAUAAAUGUAACACAUGUGGAAAGUCUUUUACCCAGAAAUCACACCUACGUCUUCAUGAGAGAACACAUACAGGAGAGAAACCUUAUAAAUGUAACACAUGUGGAAAGUCUUUUGCCUCAAAAGGAGAGCGUAUUGUUCAUGAGAGAACACAUACAGGAGAGAAACCUUAUAAAUGUAACACAUGUGGAAAGUCUUUUACCCAGAAAUCACAACUUCGUGUUCAUGAGAGAACUCAUACAGGAGAGAAACCUUAUAAAUGUAACACAUGUGGAAAGUCUUUUACCCAGAAAUCACACCUAAGUCUUCAUGAGAGAACACAUACAGGAGUGAAACCUUAUAAAUGUAACACAUGUGGAAAGAAUUUUGCCUCAAAAUCAAGGCUUAGUGUUCAUGAGACAACACAUACAGGAGAAGAAUUUACCCCUGAGUGA